ACCGCUCAUCACUCACACCUGAACCGCCGAAAGUCUCCAGCGGCCGGACUUCCUCCUUCAGGUCUGCCGUGGCAGUGAAACACUGUUGCAGAGCACCGUGAGCUCAAUCUCACCUCAAACAGGAUUGUAGAAACUUCAUGAUGAACGAGAAGGACAUUGAAGAGGGCGAAGUGGCCGUGAUGCCGAAAACAGAUCUAAGCUGGAUUCCAAGUUUCUUUAAGAAGAGAGUGUGCACAACAUUUGUGGAGGACUCCUUAAGUAAUGGAGGUCGGUGUCAGUGCGGGGCAGCGCGAGACAAUCACCCGUCAGUGGCUCUGGGCGAUAACUUCAGCACAGCAGUGGUCAGUCAGUGGCUCAGCACUCAGCACACCUCUGAACAGCCCACUGACGCUUACGGAGAUCUGGAGUUCGCCGGCGCUGGGAAGAGACACAGCUACUUCCUGCGUCUCUCCAACACCACAGAUCCUGCCAGGGUGUUUGACCUGAUGAAGGAGCACUGGAAGCUGCCGCAGCCCAGCCUGGUGCUGUCAGUGGUGGGCGGUGAGGGGAGGUCAGAGGUCAAGAGCUGGGUGCGGGACAUACUGAGACAGGGGCUGGUCAAAGCGGCACAGAGUACAGGAGCAUGGAUCAUCACUGGAGGACUGAGGCAGGGUAUCAGCCGGUGUAUAGGAGAGGCUGUGAAAGAUAACGCCACUGCUGUUUCCUCCAUCACACUCAAUAAAGUGCUUCCUAUAGGCAUCGCUCCCUGGGGCCUUUUGGGGAACAGACAGCAACUCGUCAACUCCGAGGGAAGCUUUCCUGCAAGGUAUAUGGUCAGGAACAUAUCGCCUGAAUACUGCUAUCUGGAUAACAACCAUAAGGCUUUUCUACUGGUGGACGACGGGACUACUCGCCAUAAAGGUGGAGAGCUGGCGUUCAGAGCCCGUCUGGAGGAUUACAUUUCACACCAGCGCCCAGGUGGUGCAAGCAUUGACAUUCCUGUUCUGAAUAUGCUGAUAGCUGGAGACACGUCCAUGCUGGAGUUUUUAGAGAUGUCUCUGAAGAAUUCAACACCGUGUUUGGUUCUGGCUGGUUCGGGUGGUCUUGCCAAUCUAGUGAGCGACAUUGUGGAGAAUGUUCAGUCUGCGGCGAUGCCUGGAGCAUCAGAGGAGGAGGACGCCAGCCCCAUCAUGGAGCUCCGAGAACAACUGGCGGCAAAAGUCAAGAAGUAUUUUCCUGCAGAGAAUGAUACUGACAAACUUGUUGAUAAGGUUUUAAGCAUCUACCAAAACAAAGACAUCAUCUCCAUUUAUAAUGCAGAACAAGAAGGAGCAGAAGAUUUUGACAUUGUGAUGCUUAAAGUGCUUGUUCAAGCGAGUAAACGGCAUGCCUCAGAGAGUACUAACUCUUAUGCUGAUGAGCUGAGACUCUCUGUAACCUGGAACAGAGUGGACAUCGCCAAGAGUGAACUCUUCAAUGGAAACAUCGACUGGAAGUAUGAGGAGCUGGUGGAUUCCAUGACUGACGCUCUGGAGAACAACAAACCCCAGUUUGUGCGUCUCCUCAUCGAUAACGGUCUGAACAUUCUGAGCUACUUGACUUACGGCCGACUGGAGAAACUGUACAACUCCAUCUCUGACACCUGCCUGGCCAAAACACUCCUGCUCCACCAUCUGGACGAGCGCAUGCACGAGUCCAACGAGCAGAUCUACAGCAUCAGCCUUUAUGAGGUGUCUCGGCUGCUGGAAGAUCUGCUCGGUGAUGUCUGUCAUCCUUUCUACUUGUCUGAACUCUCGUUGUACGCAGGAUCGACUAGAAGAAAAGACAUAAAGAAAGCAUGCAAGGUCCUGAAGGGGAAAUGCAAAUAUCAGGAUGAGAUGUGUGAGCACCCAUGGUUGUCCCUCUUUAUCUGGGCAGUGCUGCAGAACCGCAGUGAGAUGGCCAUCUUCUGCUGGGAAAUGUGUGGCGAGUCGGUUCUGACAGCUCUGGGUGGAUGUAAGCUGUUAGUGGAGCUCUCUAAACAGGAGAUCGAGACCAAGGUGAAGCACUCCAUGAAGGAGCUGGCGCUGAAGUUUGAGCAGAUGGCUCAUGAUGUGUUUGGCACAUGCUACCAAACCAAAGCAAGUCAUUCCUACAAGCUGUUGAUCCGUAAGUCAAAGCUGUGGGGUGACGCCACCUGUCUGGAGAUGGCCAUAGCUGCGGAUGCCCGGAUCUUUUUCAGCCAUGAUGGAGUGCAGUCUCUGCUGUCUCAGAUCUGGUGGGGAGAUAUAGAGAGAGAUACUGCGCUUUGGAAAGUGCUGCUGGUGAUGAUCUGUCCUCCUGUCUGCUACAGCAACUUCAUUGAAUUCAGAAAAGCAGAUCAAGCAGAAGAAGAGAAAUCGGCGACGGCACCUCCAUCUUCACCGACAGACUUCCAUUACGGAAAGACCGUCUACUCCUUUAGUGACAUCAAACACCACAGUGAAGGCGAGAAUGAAGACUCAAAUCAUAUCAGGCUGACUACUAAAGGAGCUCCUGCAUUCAUCAAACCAAAGAAGAGUAGCUUUGUGGUCUCCCGCUGGAAGCAGUUCUGGUACGCUCCUGUCACCUCAUUCAUCGGCAACCUUCUGAUGUACUUCCUCUUCCUGUUUCUGUAUGCCUACGUGCUAUUGGUGGACUUCAAGCCGCCUCCCCCUGAUGGCCCUGCGGUUUCGGAGUAUGUGCUGUAUUUCUGGGUCUUCACUUUAGUGUGUGAGGAGAUUCAAGAGGCGUCCAUUGCAGGCAAUAAGAAGUUUCCUCAGACGUUGAUCGUGUAUGCUCAGGAUAUGUGGAAUAAGUUUGAUGUUCUUGCCAUUUGCCUUUUUAUUGCUGGCUUGUGCUGCAGGAUGUUCAGCUGGUCAUUCAACAUGGGUCGUGGUAUACUGUGUGUGGACUACAUGGUCUUCACUCUCAGACUCAUUCACAUUUUUGCCAUUCACAAAGAGCUGGGUCCCAAAAUCAUCAUACUCGGCAAAAUGAUCAAGGAUGCGUUCUUCUUCCUGUUCUUCCUGCUGGUGUGGUUAAUUGCAUAUGGAGUAGCCAAUCAAGCUCUACUAUACCAGUACGAUGCGAGCCCUGCAAGAGUGUUUCGGCGAGUGUUGUACAGGCCAUAUCUGCACAUAUUCGGAGACAUCCCUGUGGAAGAAAUAGACACUGGCAAACACUGGGAAAGAGACUGCACAGAUAAUCUGACGUUGAUUAAUGAAGGGAUAGAGCCGUGCAGGGACACCAGCCACAACUGGCUUGUGGUCGUUUUGUUGGUCAUCUUCUUACUAGUCACCAACAUUUUACUUAUUAACCUGCUCAUCGCCACAUUCAGCUAUACGUUUACUAAGGUUCAGGAGCACAGCGACAAAUACUGGAAGUUUCAGCGGUAUAAUCUGAUAGUGGAGUAUCAUUCACGUCCAACGCUCGCUCCACCGUUUAUCAUCUUCUCUCACAUCAACAUCCUGAUCAAAAGAAAAAUACGUAAAGUGCCGUCCGCCAAAACCCAACGAUUUGCCCUCAAGAUUUCGGGUCGAGAGGCGAACAAGCUGGUGAAGUGGGAGAACCUGCAGAAGGAAAACUAUCUGGCUCUUGAGAACAGAAAACAGAGAGGAUCCGACUCUGAGAGGCUCAAACGCAUGGCUGCUAAAGUGGAUGGACAAGUAGCAGAGAUAAGAGAUGUAGACCGCAGACUGAGAGCUCUAGAGUCAGAGAUGGAGUUCUGUAAUUCCUCUCUACAGUGGAUUAUGGAGACUCUUUCUCAGAGCAGCACAGCGAAGAGCACUAAAGCACAUCCUACUCGCAAAGCCGUCACUUCAGCCAGCAUUGAGAAAUGAGAAAGAGCCGAGUUUCCUGCUCAUCUCCGGUCUUAAUUUAUGGAUACACAACACAAGACGCCCCCGAGAGCCAGUUAAAGGAGAGAUGAUGACAAAAAUACUCCCAUGUUCUGCUUUUCAUCUUUAAACUAGUCAUCCUGGCCUUUUCAUGCUGCUUUUCUGACUGUGAGAAGAGAAAAAGCCUCUGAAUCUCCUUGAACUUACUAUGCACUGAAAGGUCAAUUACACCAUGUUACAUUCAGAGAUCAAUCGAAUGAUACUUUAGUAACACUUUAUUUUACUUUACAGUUUAACUAUCAAUUCUCACUAUUUACUAGUAGCUUAUUAUCAGUCUAUUAUUAAGAAAUUGGCUAUUUCUUGUACGUAUAAAACACAUAUUCUACAUAAUCUUCUUCUACAUCCCUAAUCCUAGCUAAAACUACUUUAUUAAUAACUACUAAUAAGCCGCGAAUUAAGAGAUUAUUGAGCUAAAAGUCAUAGUUAAGGAUUUUUUAAUAGUGAGAAUUGUACCUUAUAAUAAAAUGUGAGUUUUUUUUAAUAUGACUGAUGUGUUUAAGCUGAUUUUAUAAGUGCAAUAACAUCUUUAGGAUGACUAAAGCAUGCUGGCAAGACUUAAAAACAGCUGUGAAAAUGAACAAAGCAUACUGUUACUGUACGUACAACACUGGUUGUAGGAAACAAAACCUCUGAGCCGUUUACAUGUAUUGAUUAUGCAAUCUUUACACAAUGUUGCAGUACAUUAAAUAAGGUAAAGAUUGUAAUGUAGCUACGUAUCUAUAAACAUUUUUCAAAGCAUUUUUCUCAGAAAGCAUGUUUCUAAAUGUGCUGUUGACUCAAAGUUUUCACUCGAUGUCAGUGACAACCAAAGGCAUUCAAACAAAACCAAAUUAAUUUAUUUAUAAAUUAAGUUAUGUAUGAUACACUGAAAUGACACAGGGGAAAAGUAUUGAACACAUGAAGAAAGGGAGAUGUAAAAAGGCAUGGAAAGCUCACAGCAUCUGAAAAUGUCAUGAUUGUAAAUGAAUAUUAGCUUCUCCAGUCCAGCACCUGCAUUACUAAAGUAUGAAGAUAAACCCAGGGUGGACAUUUACGCAAGACCGUCAUCCUAAAAACACCAAAACUCUCAAAUGGUUUCAAAAAAGAAAAUAAAGCUGCUAGAAUGGCCUGAACAACCACCUGACCUGUAUCCAAUAGAAAAUAAGAACUGAAGAUCAGAGUUUAUAGAUGGUACUCGCAUGAACUGUCAUUGCCAAAACAAUUUACACAAAGUAUUAACCCAUUUGAGUAGUUCAGUAUUUUUCCUUGUGUCGCUCCAUUGCUGUUACACAUACCUGUUUCUAAAUGAGUUUUGUUUUAUUUGUCUUAAACUCAUGUCAACACUCCUUUAGAAAUAUGUUUACAGCAACAAAAUAAUGACUUGUUUAAAAUGUAUUUGACAAACCACUACACUCGUAGUUUAUUUAUUUUUUAAAACCCUAUUUUAAUUGUGUGCUUUAACGAUCUUCUUGACUUUUGGAUGUUUGGAUUGUUGGCUAUUUAUAUAUUAGGUGACAUUUAGUGAGUUUUGUUCUUUGUCCUCAUGCGUGCUUUGAAUUUGUUUAUGCAUUUGUUUUUUUUUUAAAUAAACAUUCUGAAAUCCUGA